AGCCUGCCAGAAGGCCUCCAUGCUGCCGUGUAAGCAGCCCUGAUUUUAUCCUGGGCAACCCGGCCUUAAAAUAUUUAAUCCAGGAUAUCUUAACAGCAUAGCAGCCUUAGAGGCUCUGUACAUUCAAAUAUUUAUGCUUCCUGGGUGAGUCUGGCAAGAAGUACUGCCAAGUAUACCUUUAUCAGUGUCCCAUGCAGGUUAAUGUAAAAUUAUCUUGGGCACUGCCUACAUGAGUCGCAGCAACGUGUUUGACCGAAACCACAGUGUCCCUCCAGGCAGCAUACCCAGUUCAGGGGGAAGGUGGAGGUGAAAAGAUCAUUUUAUGGUUCAAGACCUGAGCUACUUCACCAGCUGGAGAGACUGACAGUGUAAUGUAGCACUGCAUAGUAGUGCUGGAGAGAGCACCCGCACUCAAGGGAGAUGUAGAAGAGGAGACCAACAAGCAUUUUGUAGAGAACCUGCGCUCAGGAUGCACUGGCAGCUGUGACAAAGGUGCGGGAGGCUGGCCUUUCACAUCUGUGCUCACAAGGUGCUCAGAGACCUGUGGCCCAGUGAGUAAAAUUAGGGACAUCCUUCAUGUGAUUUCAUAGGCAGGACAGUAGUUUUCAGGAACCGCCAUUUAUUAGAAACUUUUCUUUAAAAAAAAAAAAAAAGAAACCCAAACACUGAAGAAGUGGGAGAGGAAAAUAAAGGGAUGUGUAAACUUUCUCACUUGGUCCUAUAGAGUUUUCUCCGAGUAUUAUUCCAGAAGUGGACCCUGAUUAUUUUUCUUGAUUGUCCCCUCUUGAGUGAAAAGCACUUAAUUAAAAUACAGAGAUCAAGUUAACUCUUGAAAAAAUAUCAAGCAUCUUGGUGUGUAUUUAUUUACAGGAUUGCUCCAGAUUACCACACACUGUUGCAAAAAUAAUUCACUCAUUUUCCAUUGCCUUUUAAUUAUGUACACAGCCAUAUCAGGCAAAAGGAAAGUUUAAUCUGUUUUCAGGGGACAGCAAGUGCAGUUCCCUGCCACAGAAAUGACCCAGCUUGUAGGAAAUCGCAGCUCCUGCUGCUUGGCCAUUCAAAGGGAGCAGAGCCCACUCGGUUUCUGCAGCCCUGCUCCAUGUCCUGUGUUUGAGUAGCGCUCUCCCCUCGGGAUAACCAGCAGAGCGUUUCACUUAGACAAGACUAAUUCGGGAGCAGGAGGAGUAGUACGGAUUUGCUGUUAAAAGGAAACAACAACAACCAAAAAAAAAAAAAAAAAAAAAAAAAAAAAAAAGGAAGUAGAGAACUAUUCGGGGAAGAAGUGUUCGGGGAGGAAGUGUUCGGUGCACACUUAUCUCAGGUUUCUCGUUUCCUAGGAACGUAGUAACUUCCCCGUGGGUUGUUUUGUGGGCGGUGUUUUUGAAUAUAUGCUAAUUCAGCUCGGCUGACAGGGAGAGGAGCCGUGUCUCGGUGCCACACUCUCCUGACAGCCGGCAGCGGCUGCCGCCGAGCCAGGCCAUGGCCCGGUGCUGGUGACAGGGCCACUCGCCGCCCUCCCGCCGGGCCGCUUGUGCCGCCAGCAGCGGGGCCGGCAUGUGCCUGUGACCAUGGAGAUGAAGGACUCGGGCAGCGUGGUGCUGACAGCCUACCAUCCCCACAGCCCGGCCGCCAGGAUCCCGGGCAUGGAGCAGAGCUUUGUGCAGGAUAUCCCGCCCAGCCAUUCGCCCGGCAGCAGAAAGUCUUUCUCUCGUUGUCGAAGAAUUAAUAGGAUGCUUUCCAACGAGUCAGUACCUCCUGCCUUCAGCCGCUCCAACUCGCAGGCCUCCAUGGACAGCACUUCCAUGGAGGACUUCUGGUGUGAAGUAGAGAGCAUCAAGGAGAGCAGAGAAGAUGGAUCUGAAGAAGCAAUGCUCUUGGAGUUCAAACCUGCUGAUGAAGGGGAACUGGAGGCAGAAUGGCUGCAAGAUGUAGGUUUAUCCACAUUGAUCUCAGGAGCUGAAGAGGAGGAUGGCCAAGCCCUGCUGUCCACUCUGACCAGAACUCAAGCUGCUGCUGUACAGAAGAGGUACAACACCUACACUCAGACCCUGAGGAAGAAGAACAAGCACACAGUCCGGGAUGUGCGAGACAUCUUUGGCACCAGUGACUCUUCUCCCACAUUUGAGACAGUUCCAGUGUCACCAGUAUCUUCUAAUGGUAUCCAGCUUCCUGGGCAGAAGCCAGUUUGGAAAUCAGUUAGCUCUAAGAGCUGUCUAGACUGUGGAAUAGAUAAAGGCAGCCCAUCCAUAACAGAAGAGCUCUCCUAUGAUGUCUCUUUCUCAGAAUCCAUUACAGUCCUUCCAAAAACCCAAGAGUGGAUGACAAACCAGAGGUUCAAAAAGGAAGACUCGGCUUUGCCAAGGUUCAUUGUUCGGAAAAGCCGCUUUGGGCUGACAGAGGUUGGGGACCUCUCUCCCGAGGACAUGAAGAAGAUCCGCUACCUCUCGCUGAUCGAGCUCACGGCCUUCUACGACGCGCUGGGCGUGGAGCUGAAGAGGAACCGCGUGGAGAGGGUGCGGGGACGAGAGAAUGGUCUUUUUGGAGUUCCUCUCACCAUAUUGCUGGAGAAUGAUCAGAAGAAGGUUCCUGGAAUAAAAGUACCUCUUAUCUUCCAAAAACUGCUGCUCAAGCUUGAGGAAACAGGUUUGGAAACUGAAGGAAUUCUACGGGUUCCUGGAUCUGCCUCCAGAGUCAAGAAUCUCCGUCAAGAACUUGAGGCAAAAUUUUAUGAAGACUCUUUUAACUGGGACCAAGUACGAAAUAACGAUGCAGCGGGACUGCUGAAAAUGUUUAUAAGAGAACUCCCAAGCCCACUCUUCACAGUGGAAUAUCUGCCUGCAUUCAUCACACUAGUAGAAAAAAUCUCCAAGAUCAAGUUACAGCUACAAGCUUUGCAUCUGUUGAUCAUGCUGAUGCCUGAAGCCAACAGAGACACAGCCAAGGCCUUUCUUCAGUUCCUGAAGAAGGUGGUUGCUAAUGAAGGGAAGAACAAGAUGAAUUUGUGGAAUGUGUCUAUGAUCGUUGCACCAAACCUCUUCAUCUACAAAGGGAAACGCGCGAACCAACAAGAAAUGCAAGCAGCCGCCACCACCGCGCACAUUGUGAGGCUUCUAAUCCGCUACCAGGACAUCCUGUGGACAGUCCCAUCCUUCCUGAUUUCCCAAGUGAGAAAAAUGAAUGAGGCAGCAAUGAACAACAGCAAGAGACAGCUGAUGUUCGACAAAGGAGUGAGAAAACUUCUGAGGAGAAAGACGAUGGAACGGGAGAGACCUGAAAGACCAGAGGGAGCUGUCACUUUUCCUCCAUACUUGCAGUCUGACAUACCCGAGGGGGUGAUAAGAGUUUAUGCUCCACUGCAUUCGAAAGUCUCUAUGGCAAUUCAGCUCAACAGCCAAACAAAAGCCAAAGACAUCCUGGCUCGGUUCCACUGUGAAAACAGCCGUGGAUCAUCACAGAACGUGAGAGGUCAGAUCCAAAGUUUACAUGAAAUUGGAGGAAAUAUAGGUCAGCACUGUUUGGAUCCAGAUGCGUUCAUGCUAGAUGUCUACCGUGCAAAUCCUCAGGCAGAAUGGGUGAUAAAACCAAAGGCCAGCUGAAGCAGAAGGCAGCAGUGUACUGGACAAAAGCCAAAUGGACAAGAGUGAUGCCUGUCAUUUUAAGCAGCUCUUGGAGAGACAAAACAAAAUGGUAGCUACAGGAUAUCAUUCCUUCGUGUACUGUCCAACUGAUGGUCAGCACAUAAUACUCUUGGUGUUCCAGCUUCCAGACCAUCAGAAAACUAUGACAUUAGUUACGCUUUUAUAUGGAUUACACUUGUGCCAGUUGGCCCAGGAGUUGAGGAGGGCAGACUAAGGUACGGUGUUCGUUUCCUGACCUGGUGUUAGAACAGUUUUUGGAAAUAAUGCAGUGGCAUCAGAUGAAUGAAACACCACUGACCUCAGCACAACACAGAAGCAUGACAGAGAUGUUGGAGACGGGAAGGUGUCUGUCAGGCAUGAAAGGUGGAAGCUCAACAUGGCAGCAGUGCCAAGACAGCUGUGUGAAAACCAAACCUUUCUCCUGAAAGUAAACCCAUAUGGUGUGUUACUGCAAUACUUGUGUCUCUCACCUCAUGAGUACCUGAUACUGGGGGAGGGAGGCAGGAGGAGGAACUAUCGGCAGCUGUACUGCUCAGUGUACAUACCACUUUAUUUCACACUACCAGUCUUCCAAGAUCAUGUCUGGAUCCCUCAGACGUGUGCAAAUGUAAUGCCACAAACCACACCCCCCUCCCUUCCCCUGUCACACACAUUUUCAGGAGACACGGGCUAGGUGAGAAGGGGCAUAUGCCCCUAGCUCUGCCUUUUACUUGAUGCUCUCAGAAUUAAAUCUGUGUAAAUGCCAGACUAUGAGAUGUGUUAAUGGUGCCACUUACAGUCAUCACCUUUUUUUGUUAAACAUUAUAGUUUCUAAUUUGUAACCUAAUUUUUUUUUAUUUUGUUUAUUUUAGCUUUAAUAUGUAAGCAAUUUUUAUACUCUUCAGCUGCAUCAACAAGAGAGAUCUUUGUUCAGGUCUUGUAUAAUACAGCAUGGAGAAGAAACAGGGCUUCCAAUGAGAAAAGGGAUUUAAUAAUUUACCCAUUUCAAACCAUAGCCAAUCUAGGCCCAGUUGAGCUGGGGGUUUCACGAAUACAUAGCAAAUUGCAGCUGGCAUGCAGUCUAAGCAACCCCACAGGCUGACAAGAGAAUAGUGGGCUGCAACUGCAUUAGGAGUGUCAGAUAGGAUGUCUGGUUUGGAGCCAGUCACAAGAGCAAGCGAAGUUCUUCACUAAGUCACCUCACUUUGGGCUGUGCUGAACUAAAAGAGAUUUGUUGAGCAGGGAAAUCACAAAUCUCUGGAAAAGAGAAAGUACUUUUUUCAUCUGUGUCAUAUGCAAUAAGUGGGAACCAAUGCCUUCAAAUGCACUACAAUGUCCCCAUCAUUGGAUGAUGCUGCACAAUGAAACCACCCCCAUCCAGCCUGAGCAAUGAUUUUUGUUCCUGAUCUGGACACAGGGAUGAGGCAGACAUAGCAAUUUAAAAGCACUCUGAACCAAGUCCUCUAGGUGAACAUAAAGUCUGCUGUCCUGCAGAGAAAGCCCAUAACUUGUGAUGCUCUGCUGAAGCUGUGCAGUGAAGAUCUGAACCAGAAGCAGAGCCUCUAAAAUGUGUCAAGCAUGUUCUCCAGUAGUUCACUUUCAUGUUAGGGGUCAGUGAAAGAAAUCAACAUUGAAUCAGUAACUUUACCAACAACAGACAGUCUACAGAGGGCAGAUCCUGUCUUCUUUCUUCUUGAUAAAAAAUUAGCAACAUUUGCUUUAAAACAAUGACAUUUUUUAACUUUCUGGUUGUUUUAGCAGGGUUUUUUUGGUUUUGUUUUUGGUUUUUUUCUUGUAUGUUUGGGUUUUUUGUUUUCUUUGAUUUUUCCUUUUUCUUCUUAACACUAAAGGAGACAUCGUUGCAGCCAGGAAAAAGAACAGGACAGUUGUAUUAUAAAAUACACUCCUUAUUUUGACAACUAUUUAUUUUAAGUAUACAAGAGAUAGUAGAUCUGUGGCUUGUUUAUAGGACUAAGUAUAAAUGUUUUGUCAUGUGCUUUGCUCCCAAUACCCUUUAGUUCCCUCUGUGGCAAUGGCCAACUCUUUCUGCUUAUGCUGCCCUUGUCUGUCAGCUGUAAAGCAGGACUAGUACUUUCCCUAUAAAGGCAAAAUGAGAAUGAGUUAAAUUCUAUUCUCAGUUGUAGCCAAACAAUUCCCUGAGCAGAUCAGGAGUUAUAAACACUCAUCUGGGAAGAACAAACUCAGCAAAGGCUUUUUAUGUGGAAAGUGCUUUGAAUACAAAGAGAAUCAUAUAAAUGCUAAGCAUCAUUGUAUCUAUAGCCAACUAAAAGGCAUUCUGUGACUAGACAGAAAGCCUUAACAUUAAGAAAAUAAUUUGAAAUGUCAUUGCAAAUGAGCUAACUUCCUACAGUACUUUCAGGCAAAUACAUUGACCUCCUCCAUCUUGCCCACUCACUUCACUCUGUGUUCUCAAUGGCUGUGCAAGGGAAAGGACAGAGCAGCCCUGUGUUCAUGCUGCAACUUGCUCAGCGUGUUCUGGACCUCAUCAAUGUUAUUUCUGAAAUAGAUCUCCCUGCAUUCUGUAUAGGAUACAAGGGGGUUUUCAAAGACUUUUGCCACUUCACAACUUAGGGAAGUCAAAUAUGAUGUAAUAAAAUCAACCCUCUGAGCUCAUUUUAUGUGAAAACUGCCUAUAACUUAAAAUAUAUAUGCAUAUUCGCAGAUGACCUAGAUUCUACAUAGAGUGGCCAAAUACCUCCUGUCUCUAAAACAGAAUGUCACAAUUCUCUUUUGAUACAAAUGGCCCUAAUGACCCAUGUGUAGUGGUUAAUAGUGCUCCACAUUAAGUUGUUUUGUAUUGUUUUGGUACACUAACUUCAUUUAAUAUGCAGCAGACAAAUGGAACAAGCUCAAUGGCAUUUUGAAAUACGAGGUCUCAACUUUAGGUCUUAUAUUUCAAGAUGCUGGUGGAAGCAUGAGGAAUUUGUUCCUCCCAACAGAAACUGAAGGCAAAACUAAGUUGCAAGAGGAUUGUCAUCUAACAAAAAAGUAAUAUAUGUGGAAAGUUAGUAAAAAGAAAGUGGUAGUGAGCAGGGAGAAAUUUAUUGAAAUUCCAGAUGCCUCAAGCAUUUACAUACUCCACGGUUCUACAAGGACAGCAUUUUGCAUAUCAACACACAGAGAGAGUAUUGUAAAAAGCAGGUGUUGCAAAACAGACUGAAAUGCUUUAACCUGUAUGUGCAGCAGAUGUCAUUAGAAAGUGUGCAUGUGUGCAAAUGUGUCUGUGUCCAUGUAUAAUAUUAACUACCUCACUCUGCAUUUUCCAGGAAAAAUAUUUUGGCUUAGAUGUUUACUAUUUAAUCAUCGAUUUCACAUUAACAGUGACAAAGUAUUUCUUUUUGUAUGAGGUAAUAUUUGAAAUUACAAAAAAAAAAAAUCUAGUAAAAUACAUAAUUUCAGGAUAUGGAUGAAAUUUUAUCCAAACCAUGUUGCCUAAAUUAUGCUUGUAAUGUGAACCUUGUGAGAUCAGAUGUUGGGGUUAAUAGACAACGAAUUCAAACACACGGUGUUUCACUUUUAUUUUUCAAUGGGUUUCUAUAAAUGUGCAUCUUCUCUGGAAAAUAAUACAAUGCCACUAAUCAAAGUGAAGCGUUUGUAUGUGCAUUUCCCUUACAAUCCUCAUUAUGUUGUGUGUUUUGUUGAAGUACGCCAACAUGUAAGUGUAUUUGUACAGCAGAGUGUGUCCACUGUAUUGUAUCCAUGUCAAAAAUAAAAACAAUACAACAAAGCCAGCUCUUCAAA